AUGAUGGCGACAGCACUCGACCAGUCGCAACGCGACUCGCUUGGAGGCGAACCCGUCCUUGAAUCCGUCUCCAUCACUCCGCCUCAGAGUGCCAACGGCAAGAAGGAAGCGCCCGAAGGUGUGCCGUCCGAGUUGUCUGACCUUGAGCUUGACAACCAACCUGCCCCGGCACCCGAUACCACCAAGAUCAAGCAGGAGGAAGUGGAGGAGAAGGUCGAGGAAAUCGAAGAAAUCCAGCCUGAUCAUUACUAUGGCGGCGGGAAGGUCCCUGUUUUCAAGCCGACAAUGGACCAAUUCCGAGACUUCCAGGGCUUCAUCAACAAAAUCAAUAAAUAUGGAAUGCAGGCAGGUAUCGUGAAGGUUAUUCCUCCUAAAGAAUGGUCCGAGUCUCUUCCGCCACUAGACGAGGCAGUCAAGAAAAUUCGAGUGAAGAACCCCAUCAUGCAAGAGUUCCACGGAUCCCACGGUACAUAUACCCAAGCCAACAUCGAACGUCAACGCUCGUACAAUCUUCCUCAGUGGAAGGGUCUAUGCGAAGAAAGCAGCCACCAACCCCCUGCUCGCCGAGGAGAAAGACGCCGGAACCAAGAACGGGUGAACCGUGCGGCCCCGACACCGCGGCCCCCAUCUGCCCGCCCCGAGGGUCAGAAGCGCCGGCCUGGCCGUCCCCCUAAGCGGGCAAAUCAGGUCAAGGUUAAAGAGGAGCCACCUACAGAGGACGCCGAAAAGACCAGAUUGGAGGGUCCCCCGACCCCUGUAUCGCCCGAGACCAACCCCGUGCAGCCCAAGACUGAGGAUUUAAGUGAAGGCGAAUCUUUACCUACCACAAAACCAAAGGGGCGACAGCCCAAGUCCGUGACCUCACGUCGAAAGAACAACCGCGGCGAUGCUAUAGAUCACAUUGACGAGGAGGCAUACACAGGAUUUGAUUACCGGAUCCAUGAUCACGAAGAAUAUACCGCAGAAAGAUGUGAGGAGCUUGAGACCAAUUACUGGAAGUCACUCAUGUAUAACAACCCAAUGUACGGAGCUGACAUGCCCGGUUCACUCUUCGAGGAUUCUACGGAAACCUGGAAUGUCGCCAAAUUGCCGAAUCUGCUUGACGUCCUCGGACAGAAAGUUCCUGGAGUCAACACUGCAUAUCUCUACAUGGGCAUGUGGAAAGCUACCUUUGCCUGGCAUCUUGAGGAUGUAGAUUUGUACAGCAUCAACUACAUCCACUUCGGUGCACCCAAGCAGUGGUACAGCAUCUCCCAAGAAGAUGCACCUCGCUUUGAACAGGCCAUGCGCAGUAUCUGGUCUAGUGAUGCGAAGAACUGCGAUCAAUUCCUUCGCCACAAAACCUAUCUCGUCUCGCCUAGCCUUCUCAAGUCGCAAUAUGGAAUCACCGUCAACCGAUUGGUUCAUUAUGAAGGGGAGUUUGUCAUCACAUUCCCUUACGGGUACCACUCUGGAUAUAACAUCGGAUACAAUUGCGCCGAGUCAGUCAACUUCGCGACCGAGCAAUGGUUAGAUUAUGCUCGCAUCGCCAAGAAAUGCCACUGCGAAGCAGACAGUGUCUGGAUUGAUGUGGACGAGAUCGAGCGCAAGCUACGUGGCGAGAACACACCUGAGUACUAUGGUGAAUUCGAAAGCGAAUUCGAUGGGUUUGAAGGUGCCUCAGACCUUCUUACACCGCCACGUAGUGUGCCUGAGAAGACAUCCACUCGUGGACGAAAGCGGAAGAAUCCGGCUCCCGUGUUUGCUAUGCCCUAA